GUGACGCUGCUAUGCGAUUAUAAACAUGUAAACAUAAAACAGUUGUUGGUUUGCAGCUAACGUUACACGAAGCGAGAUGGGCAGCAGCAGCUCGAUUGCGUCUUCCCGGGGAGACACUCUUGAGACCGUACAGCCUAUAUCUGGCCACGACGCAGACCCUCCUAUCAAACCCCCCAAGAAGAGGCGUUCCGACGCUGUUCCCCCUGUGUCAGAGUUUAAAUAUAUCGACCAGCAUGCCUUGACGGCACCCAAAGAUGUGACAUCCUCCGUGUCCUCCCUCGCCAAAUACCUUGUGAAGCCAGCCCUGGAUGACAUGGAGAAAGUUCGAGCAUUUUACAUGUGGAUCACACACAACAUCAGUUAUGAUGCUGCAGGCUUCCAACGGGACUAUAUCGGCCCUCAGGAUGCUGAAUCAGUUCUCAAAAUGGCGACAGGUGUCUGUGAAGGUUUCGCCACUCUGUUUAAAGAGCUCUGCAGGGAGGUGAACAUUCCUUGUAAAAAGAUAUCCGGUUUUGCUAAAAGCUUUGGACAUCACCCAGAACAUAAAUUUACAGCUGACGAGGACACAGACCAUGCCUGGAACAUAGUCUUUGUGAAAGGUGACUGGUGGCCAAUUGAGGUCACAUGGGGAACGGGGCCUAUUGACAAAAACUACAUGUUCAUACGCCAGUAUGAGGAAAUCCACUUUUUGAUGGAUCCAAAUCUGUUUGCAAUAAAACACUUUCCUUUCAUGGAAAACAGCCUCUCCGAGAGUGCCAUGUACCAGUUACUUCGGAAACCAAUAAGUCUGGAGGAAUUUUCAAAAGCAGCAGUGCCCUACAACAGAGGCAUUGAAUGGGGAUUUGUGUCAACAACACACAGGAACCAUGUUGUUGAUGUGGAAAUGUCAUGUGAAAUAACAGCGAGAUGUACCAGAGCUGAAGUCCAACGUAUGAUGUGUGGACUCGUUGAAGAGAACACAGGGAAAGAUUGCUGCAACUAUGUGUUAAUUAGAAAAAAAGAUGACGGGGGUUUCACUGUCAAGGUCACGCCUCCAAGAACGGGCAACUACACAUUAAAAAUAUUAGGACAAAUAGAUUCUAAUUGCGAAUCGUUCCAUCCCUUGACAUCAUAUUUCCUUCGCUGUACAUCGUGUGCUGAAUCUGUGAAGCCCUACCCAAAGCAUCAAGGUCUUUGGGGAGUACAAUCCAAUGCAAGUGCAUAUGGGUUUCAGUCAGAUUUUACCAAAACGGAUGUAGUGAUUGCAAAGAAUGGCGCAGCUGAGUUGAUAUUCAACGCCAGACCUGAAAGUGACUUUACGGUGCUUUUGAAAGAUGCCGAUGAUACUAAAGAUUUGUACAAGUUCAUUAUGGCAUACAGUAAAAAUGGCCAGGUUCAUAUAAAAUGUCGACUGCCCAAGGCUGGAUAUUAUUCCCUUCGUCUCUUUGCCAGAAACCUGACGACCAGGGCACCAGAACGGAAACACAUCGGGAGUAUUCUGAUACAAAGUGCGGAUGCUCAUCCUGACGAUAGACCUUAUCCUAAACAGCCAGGGCCAUGGGGAAUGAGGGCCAAAGCUCUACAGUAUGGCUUCACCAAAGACGCUCUGUCGAACGGCAUAUUCUUUGCAGAGAAGGGUGAGGUUGAAAUCAAGUUGCCAACCGACUGGAAGAUUGAUUUGUCACUGGAGAUAGUUCCUGCUGAAAAGACGAACGAUGACACAAACAUAUCUGUUUCUGAAACGGAUUCGUCUGUGAAUAUCCGUGCACAGUUUCCAAGCCAAGGCUUCUAUGGGAUUAAAUUAUUUGCACCCAAUUCACACAAAGAGGGGCCUGAGCGUGUUUACCUUGGUGCCUUUCUUGUCGAUUAUCGGAAAAAUGAUAAGCCUUUCCUUUGAUCAAGGCUUCACAAAGAAAAUGUAAGAUGAGUGAAUGAGUUUGGUUUAACGCUGCUUUGAACAGUAUUCAAGUUAUAUCACGGCGUGUCACCUUUAGGUGGGAGGAAAGCUCGAAGU